UAGAUAUAUACCCGACAAACUUGAUCGUAUUGGAAUUUUAUUUCGCGUUCGGUGCAGCUACUUUUCCUUUCGCUCUCUAUCUUCAUUGAAGAGUACUCAAAAUGGCAGCGUCCAUGGGUGAUGCCUUUCGUGGAGCUGUUGACAGAAUUUUGGGAAACUGGCCAGUCUUAAAGUUAGCUGUGACCCAUGGCUUUGGCGGUGCUGAUAGCCAGGCUAAGGCAGAAUGGUUGGUGGGAGCAAUAUAUCAGUGGUUUACUGAAAAUGCUAACAUAGAGACAUACGAACUCGAAGAUUUCCUUGAAGAUGUUCUCAACACCGAGUUUGACACCAUCGCAGACGAUGGUAGCUUGCCUGAGGUAGCAAAGAUGAUAUGUGGCUGCUACAAGCUAUGUCAGCAUGGUGAUGAUGUUCAGCUGAGGGAACGCCUAGACAAGUUGCCUCCAUGUAAUCUGGCAAACUGCCAACCUGCAGCAGUGACUGAACAGGAACUAGGUCACAUUUCUAGUGGUGAUGAGGAUGAAGGGGAAAACAAUGCCCCGUCCCUCUCCAAUUCCACUCCACCAUCUCAGCAACAAGGAGAUACGGAAGUGAUUGAUUUGUCAUUUCAGAAACCAUGGAGACAGAUCAAGUAGAGGACGAUGGUUGGACAACUGUGGGCAAAAAGGGCAAGAAAAGAUGACACCUUUAAUUGUCCUAUCUUUGUGUUUAUAUUCUUAAUUUUUCUAUGUUAACCUUCAGUGUUCCUGUCGGCUUAAACAAGUUUUUUCUAUUUUUAACAAGAUUAGUCAUUAUUUUGUCAAUGAUAUUGACCACAAUUCAGGCUGUAUUUAACACAAUUGCCUUGGAUAGUAUUUGAACUUCAUUAUCAUUCAAUUUACAUGUACAUGCAAAUAUUAAUAUAUUGAAUCGUAUAUUAAACACGUGGACGUUUGGAUAACCUUCGUGAAAAGGAGUUAUUUGGAAAUUGAAUUCUCAUACAUAUAUAUCUUCCAAAUAAACUUGAUAUUUUAUAUAAUAAAUUGCUGCCUAGCUUAGAUGCAAAACUUUCAAAAAUCAGAUACUUAGAAGUUCAAAGUUCCAGUUGUAUAAGUUAAUGAAAGUCCUGAUGAUCUAGCUUUACCAUAUGGUACAUAUUAAUAACACUCAAGCAGUGUAUUACAUGUACAUAAAUAAUUUCUGAAUAGUGUUUGGAAUGUUUUGCUAUUAUUUAAUAUUUCUCCAUAUAGCUUUCAUUUGAUUGUAAAUAAACCUGUUCAAACACUCAAAAACAAUGUGAAAACGGGCUUCAUUUGGUUAAAAUGUAGUUUAUAGUCCCUCAUAUUAUUUGUUGAUAAUCAAUGUUUAACUCGUGUAAUGCAUGUUUGUGCUUAUAAAAUUAUAUUUUAACCCCAUAAUUGUUGUUGUUGAACCAUGAAAUAUAUGAAGAUAGUCUUUUUGUAUGAAUAUAAUCUUCAACCAAAUUUGUAUUAUGUAGACUAAUACAGCAUAAUGUGUCAAUAUAUUAUAUUUGUAGUGUACAUAUUUCAUGUAGAGCACUUACAUUGUGAGUUAUGUGCCAAAUUAGUUUUUCUUAUCAAAUACAUUUGUGUUUGAAGCGAAAUUCUUGUUUCAUAGUGAGAAAAGGAAAUUCCUUCUCUUAAAAUUUGAAACACCGCAUGUUACUCCUAAUAUUAUUGGCGUCGCACUGAAGUGCGGCGACUAGUAUGUAAUACAUUUUUUUCUCUUAUGGGAGGAGAAGUUAUUUUACGGAUCAAUGUAUAUAUUUUUGUUGUCAGAAUAUCUUGCAUAGUGGUGAUUUUUGUGUGUAAAUUAGUGUUAAGAAGUACUGCAUUUGUGCCUAUUACAUUAACUACAACAUUUAUUGCCAAUAAGGCAAAGCUAAUUCUUUUAAUUAAUAACUAAUCACAGGGACUGGGCAAAAAUAAAAGAUCACAGGGACUGGGAAAAUACGCGAACUGGUGAAACUUUCUGGUUUUGUAUAAAAACAAAACUUCUUUGUUCCACUAUCCUAGCAACCACCUAGUUACUAAUAAAGGCGCUAUAAAGCGCGAAGCGGAACACGUACUAUUAUUUGUAAUAAUGAGUCUUGAUAAAGGAAGCAGCCGCUUAUUAAUGAGGAGCACCAUCACAGAACCCCAGUCUCAAUACUGUCAAGUCCUCCUACAGGUUGUUUUUUUUUUAAGAACCACAUAUAGAAGGCCACAGGACUGACCCGUAUCUUGCCAGUGGUAUUGACCCUUUGGUAUGGACCUUUAACCCCGCUCACUAUCCAGCGUUUACACUUCCUGGUUUACAUUUAAACCGCCUAUUAAUAGCUUAUUAAUAUCUUAGUUAGAAGGUGAUUUUUCAAGCGGUUCCGUAGUGUAGUGGUUACACGCUCGCUUCACAUGUGAAAGAACCAAGGUUCGAGCCCCAGUAGAAUCAAAUAUUUUAUUUGUGUUCUAUGUUAACUUUUUGUUUUUAUGUAGACAUUUUAGUUUAAAUAAAUAUGCUGUUUUAUUGUAA